AUGUUAGUGAAACAAUUUGUGAUGAGUGGACAGCCUAUCCACAAUUUGUCAAAACGUUUGGAGCGUUGGGCUGAGCAUUUUGAAAAGCAAUUUAAUCGGCUAGAAUUGUUCGAUUCGCUGCUCACUGAUCGCCCUGCUCCGUGGGCUGUCCCUUUGGAUCCACCCUCUUGCUCAGAAGUCGAACGUGAGAUCGGACUGUUGAAGUUGAACAAAGCCGCGGGGCCAGAGGACCUUCCUCCAGCCCUCUUCAAAUUCAGAGCCGCUGCUCUUGUUGAUGCUUUACAUGAAGUACUAGUGAAACUGUGGGCGCAGGAGACUAAUCCAACCGACUGGAGCCGCUCCGUUAUUGUUUCCAUCCUCAAAGGCGACUUGCGCUCGGAAUGCGGCAACCAUAGAGGAAUCAGUCUGGUCUCCAUCGCCUCCAAAUUACUCGCCUCCAUAAUUCUUCACACACUGACUGGCGCUCGUGAAACCCAGAUUCGUGAGGAGCAAGCCGGGUUUCGUCGUGGUCGUGGCUGCAUCGACCACACAUUCACCUUGCGUCAGCUGUUGGAGCACCGCCUCACAUAUUAG